GUCUGAGCUUAAGCGAAUGUAAUUCGUUGAAUGGUUUUAUAGUAAAUAUGGGCAAAUACGAAAACAGUCAACGAAAAUAUCGAAAGAAAUGGGAAUCUACCGAAUGAGGCAAAGGAUGGUUGCAGCACAUUGAUUUGGCCAAACAUAAAAGUCCAAACGAUCCGAAUGAAGCUUAUUGUAAAAUUUGCGAUCAAUCUUUAAGGAGUCAUCUUACAGAUCUCCAAAGGCAUGCAAAUUCGAAGAAACACAGAGAAAAGUCUACAGUGCUCGACAGAACAAAAUAUAAAUCUUUGACGAGCCACGGUUAUCAAGUUUCAAUAACUGCUGAGAAGAAAAUCAUGGAAUUAAAACUAGCAACAUAUAUAACAAUGCAUUCAUCUAUUUGCUCGAUUGAUCAUCUAGGUGUGCUUCUAUCAGUUUUAGGAAAAGGAAGCAUUCUUGAGAACGUACAAUUGCAUAGAACGAAAUGUUCAGGAUUAAUAAAACACGUGAUUGCACCUAUUCUUUUGGACAAUUUGGUUAACGCUAUUGGGCAAAAAGGGUAUUCAAUAAUUAUCGACGAAAGCACAGAUGUUUCAGUUACAAAGUAUCUGUGCAUGUGUGUUAAAUACUUCGAUAUUACAGAAAAUCGCAUACUUAUUGAUUUUUUGGGUAUAGUUGAAGUAGAACGGGCAACAGCCAUUGAUUUACAUAAAAGUAUUGUCGAGUAUUUGCAAUAAAUCGGAAUCCCGUUAAAAAAUAUGAUAGCUAUAAGCACAGAUGGAGCUAGUAAUCUGUGUGGACACAAUCAUUCAGUUUAUACUUUAUUAAAACGAGACGUACCAAACCUGCAACUCAUGAGAUGUACUUGCCAUUCGCUGCACCUCUGUUCAUCAAAGGCGAGUGAAGAACUUCCAAGUUCUUUAGACUUUCUAGCGAGAGAAAUAUUUAAUUGGUUUAAUAUCAGUCCGCUGCGCAAAAUAAAUUAUAAAAAAACGUUUGAUUUGAUCAACUCCGGCAAUGAUGCUCAGAAAUUUCGGCAGAUGAUUCAACUUUCACGGACAAGAUGGCUUGCAUUUUAUAACGUUGUGAAACGAUUAUUGGAGCAGUGGAUGGAAUUGAAAAUCUAUUUCCAUAUAGCUUGUGACGCUGAAAAGUGCUAUACUGCACGAAUGAUACGUGAUAUGCUCGAAGAUGACUGUAAUAGAUUGUAUUUAGUGUUUUUAAAACCUAUUUUAUUUGAAGUACAGCAUUUAAAUACAUCGUUCCAAAGUGAAAAAAUCGACGCUGGAAGUUUAUAUACAGAAAUCUCUCACAUUUUUAUCAUUCGCUAGACGAAUUUUAAAGCCAAUUUUUUUGAGAACUGCACACAUGUCUUCUAUACAACAAAUAAUUGAUGCAGUCGAUAACGAUCUAGCUUUUUUAUCGGUUGUAGAAAUGGAUUUUAGACAAGAAGUUGAGAAGGAAAUUAAGCAAUCUCAAAUCUCUGCGGAAAAUAAAUUUCAGGUACAGCAGAGGUGUUUCAAUUUUUUAAAAAGAUUACUAAAAGAAAUGGCGCAGAGGCUUCCAGCAAAUUUUGAAAUUUUCAAGAAAAUCGAGCUAUUAAGUCCAAAUCGUUGCACAUCGCAAGUUCGAGUCAGGUUCGAGGAUCUUCCCUUGUCAAAUGUUUUAGAUUCUCAUUGUGAUAUUUCUGUGUACAAGAGUCAGUGGGAAAAACUAUGUUUCUUCGAUUGGAAUGCCUAUUAUAAAGGAGAUGUUCCAACUAAUAUUUUAGUCUUUUGGCCUGAUGUUUAUAAGUAUACUGAUGCUUGUGGCCGAUUUAUUUUCCGAGAACUGGCAGAAGUGGUAUUAAAAAUACUUACAAUUCCUACGAGUAACGCUGUAGUUGAACGAACUUUCUCAGCACUUACUUUGAUAAAAUCACGGAUUCGAAAUAAAUUGAAAAUUUCGAUGCUGCAAUCUCUUCUAAGAAUCCGAAUACAUUUUCAAGCGCAUAACAAAUGUUGCAAAACAUUUCAACCUUCAAUAGAAAUGAUUGAUCGUUUCAAAUCAAAUUUCAUAUAUGGGUCGGAGACUAAUAUUAGCAAUUCCGAUAACGAGGAAGACGAGCAUUUUCAUGAAAUGAUCAAUAUUAUAUCAGAUUUAAAUAGCACAGAGGAUUAGUAUGAACAAGACUGUGAUAAGUUAAUAUUUUAGUUUUUUUUUAUACUUGUAAAAAUGUUUAUUAAACAGAUUAUUUAAUUUUAUUAAAUUUAAUGCACUCGUGUUAUUUUGAAUGUAAACAUAAAGACUCUGAAGUACAAAGUACGAACAAGACUGUGAUAAGUUAAUUUAAUUUUGUUUGUUUAAAUUUGAUACCCGUUAUUUUGGAUAAUAGAGAGAAAAGAUUAGUUUAUAACAAGACUGAAUAAACUAUGUGCAAUUCAUUAAAAAUAUUAAUAACCUAAUUGUAUUUUUUUUUAAUAAAUAAUCUAGAUUUAAUAA